GUUCAGGGUUUCUUAGUUUUGAUUCAAUGAAAUGUCCAGACUGCCCAGUUUUCCGCUUCCGACCGCGUGUUCUUGGUGAAGUUGUUGUCUUGUCAAAUUGCUAUAAAUUUGGAAUAUUUGAAAAUUUAAUUUGAUAAACUCAAAAUGAGUAGCAAAGCACAACCGCCAGAGCUGAAGAGGUACAUGGAUAAAAAGCUCCAUCUUAAAUUAAAUGGAGGUCGUCACGUUGUUGGAGUUCUGCGAGGCUUUGACCCAUUUAUGAAUUUAGUCAUGGACGAUGCUGUAGAACAACAAAAAAAUGGCGAGAGUCAUGAGAUUGGAAUGAUUGUAAUUCGAGGGAAUAGCAUUGUAUUGCUCGAAGCACUGGACAGAGUUGUGUGAUUUAUAAAUUUUCACUUCACAAUUUCACAAGUUUUUUUUUCAUGUCAUUAUUCAUUGUACUUGUCAUAAGAAAAUAAAAAACUUUUCUGUUAUCUAA